AUGGCCUCUCUAUUUCUUUAUCAGCCAAAGAAUGCGUUACAAGAGCUCAGGGAAGAAGGUCUGAGAGAGAAUUGCAUUAACUUUGUUGCCAAUGACGAUACAAAGGUUUCAGAUGAUGAGGAUGAUGAAGAGAGAUGUGGGAGUCAGCUGAACGACAAGUCCAACCCUAUUGUCAAUCCUCAACCUCCAGCUGACCAAAAAACAGAUAAUAGGAGGGAAAAGUCUCUGGCGCUUCUUACGCAGAAUUUCAUGAAGCUCUUUAUCUGCUCCACUAAAGAAAUGAUCUCCCUUGAUGAUGUUACCAAGUUAUUGCUUGGGGAUGCACAGAGUGCAUCAGCGAUGAGAACUAAAACCCACACAGCAGAUACAAGGAAACCUGCAUUUAAGUGGUUGGGAUUGAGAGGGAAAGAGGAGGAUUUGGUUCCAAACGAGUCUAGAAAAAGAGCCUUUGGUACAGAUAUCACAAACGUCAUUUCUAAGAGGGGCAAGAUGGAAUCUUCUAUUGGUGUGGAGUUGGAUGCGUAA